AUGGGCUCUCUUAAAUCCUUCAUCAAGGCCGUCAGAUACUCCAAGACAAUUGCCGAUGAAAGAUCGGUGAUCCGUAAAGAGUCCGCCGCAAUCAGAACCGCAUUCAAAGAUGUCAACUUGUCCAACAACAAGAGAAGGGUCAACAUCCAGAAAUUGUUGUACCUUUAUAUAUUGGGAGAAAAAACCCAUUUUGGGCAGAUCGAAUGUAUCAAAUUAUUGGCGAGCUCGAACUUCAUCGAUAAACGAUUGGGUUACUUGGCCGCUAGUUUGUUGUUGGACGAAAAUCAAGAAAUCUUGACAUUGUUGACCAAUUCGUUAGUACAGGACCUCAACCAUCCUAACCAGUUCUUUGUUGCGUUAUCGCUUUCUACUUUGGCCACGGUAUUAUCCUACGAUUUGUCCAACGAUACUUAUAACGAUGUGUUGAGGAUUUUAACCCAUAAUGGUAACAAUCCUUACUUGAAGAAAAAAGCCAUCUUGGUUUCCGCAAGAAUUAUCGAGAAAAACGGUGAUUUGAUCGAAAUAUUCUUUGAGAAUUUCAAUAAAUUCAACUUGCUAAACGUCAAUGAAAGAGAUCACUCUGUUUUGUUGGCGAUUUGCCAAAUGUUGAAGAGUUUCUUCAUAUAUGGGGACAAUUCUAUCAGAACCGCGCUUUUCAUCAACGCCUUGCCAAAAUUAUUGGUCAUCUUGAAAAACUUGUCGUCUACUAGUUAUAACCCUGAGUACGAUAUCAUGGGUAUAUCCGAUCCAUUCUUACAUGUCUCUUUAUUACAAACCAUCACAUUAAUCAUCACUUUAUCUAAAGUUGUCAUUGAGGGAGAAGAAACAAACAAUCAACAAUUUGUCAAUCCAAACAAGUACAAUGUUCCAAAGCUAUACGGCAGAUUGAACGACCAAUACAAUGAUUUAUUGACCCAAAUCUCUUCCAAUGUUGAAUUUGGUAAAAACUCUGGUAACUUGAUCUUGUAUGAAGUGGUCAGAUCCAUUUUCCAGUUGAAGAAUUCUAAUAGUGCCCUCAAAGUUUUGGGGAUCAACUUAUUGGGUAAAUUCUUGACUUUAAAAGAUAACAAUAUCAAAUAUAUCUCGUUGAAUACUCUUUUAACCGUGGUGAAAUUUGAACCAAAGACUGUUCAAAGACAUCAAUCGAUUAUUAUCAACUGCUUAUUUGAUAACGAUAUCAGUAUCAAGAGAAGAGCUUUAGAAUUGAUCUUCGAAAUCUUGAACGAGAACAACAUUCGUGUUUUGAUUAAAGAGUUGGUGAAAUUCUUGGAAAACUCUGCUGCGGAUAAUAGCGUUAACGGUAACAAUAAUGGGUUCAACGAAUUUAAUACUUUCAGUUACAACUUAUCUAAAGAUUUAAAUGACUUCUCAUUGAAUUCUGGAGCGUCUUCGAAAACCAAUAGUGGAUCGGCACCAGGAACCUUGGAUAACUCUUUCAGUUAUUCGUUGAACAACCUUGAUUUGAAGUUUUUCAUCACCACUAAAUUAUCGAUCUUAUUGAAGAACUACUCUCCUAAUUUGAAAUUUUUUUUCAAAUAUUUGAUAAUCUUGUUGAAUUUGAAUGGGAACUAUUUGACCAAUGAUAUCAUUCUGUUUAUUUUGGCCAUCAUUUCUAAUAUUGCCAAUAACAAACCGGUGAGUGUCGGUGCGGCCAGCGGUAGCAACGCCAAUGAUAACCAACUUUUGAUUAAGGACAGUCUAAACCAGAUUUUUAACUUAAGUUAUAAUAAUUUAUCCAACAAUGGGUUGAAUUUGAUCAAUGUAUGGUGUUUGGGUGAAUACGGUGAUUUGAUACUAAAUGGAAAAUUCGAGCAUUCGAACUCGGUGAUUACCGGUGAUGUGAUUAUCGAUUAUCUCAGUAGGUUGACAAAAUCUACCACCAGUCAGUUGAUAAACUCGUACGUGUUGACCACAUUAUUGAAACUUUCUAAAGUCUUGCAUAAUGAUCUUCAAACGGUGGCAAAGAUUGAAAUGUUGAUUAGAAGUUUCACUGAUUCAAUCAAUAUCAAUUUACAAAUGAAAGCGAUUGAAUACUUGGAAAUCAUGAGCAUUAAAGACGUCAAUAUUAAGAACGGUUUGUUAGAAAGAAUCCCACCACCAAUGAUCAAAGAAAUUGGUAAAGUUAGUCUUUCAAAUAGUUUGGAUAAUCCAUCGGCUUCAUUAUCUGCAUCAUCUACCAACGCGGUUACUUCUACCGAUAAUUUCUUGUUAGAUUUGAUGGAUGAUACUGACGCCAGUGAAAAACCAUCAGCCCCUGCCCCAGCUCAAAAUAAUGCCGAUUUAUUGUCGGAUAUCUUUGGUAGUAGCGCCCCAUCUGUCGCUCCUACUAAGCCUGCAUCUGCCGAUAUUUUAGGAUUGUUUGAUUCUUCAUCGUCAUCACAAUCACAACCUGUGGGACAAGCUGCACUGAUGGUUGGUGCUGCUGCUACUGCUGCUCCGGCUUCUGAGGGCCCGUCUCAAAAUGUAUUGAAUUUAUUUGGGAAUACCUCAUCAGUCAACAACCAAUUCUUAGGCGACGCAAAAUAUGAACAGAUUUUCAAUAAUGAAGAUGUUAGUAUUAAAUUGUACUUGAAGAGUUUGGCUACAGGAUCUGCGGUGUUGGAAAUUUACAUUCUCAAUUCAUCGGCGGUUGAUGCCCCGCUUACCAACUUCAAUUUGCUUAUCGCUGUUGCUAAAUCACAAAAAUUGGUGAUUGUUCCUAGUGAAAUGGUUACCGAGGUCAAUAAAACCAACUUCUACAAACAAGAAUUGAAGAUUAAUGGUAAAGUUGGCUCUAAGUUGAAAUUGAGAGUUAAGUUCAGCUAUCAAUUAAAUGGGGCUACCAAGGAUGUUUUGUUUGACCACAAUGUCAACAAGACACUAUGA